AACGAGCGAAACCAGAACUCGUUCGUAGGUUAUUUUCCGAGCGAACGUUCAACCGUGCGGGUGUGUUGCUCUUGGUGUCUUAACAUUUUAGGAGCAAAAAAAAAGCACAAAAUAUACCAUCAUUCUACGGUUUCUGUGAGAACACAUUCUGAGUUGAAGUUGUGAGAAGCAAAAAACAUAUAAAAAAGAUUUCAGUGAUCGUUAAGAGAUUUAACGAACGGCAAGUGUUUGUUUAGUGCGUCUGCUUGUGCGUUGUCUACGGUGUGCAAGAAGAAUUGAACAAGAAAAUCAAUGAGUGCAUCAGUUGCAUCGGUGUACUGAGAAGACUUACGAGUGAGUGCAAAAGUCGAUUGAAACACAGUGCAGUUGUACGAAGUUUUACAAGUGUUCCGUGUGCGUGUGCGUGUACCGCAAGCUGUGAGUGCAACGUUGCAAUCCGUUGUGUCGUGUCCAAAGUGUACACUGUCACCCUUUGCCGGUACCCCUUCGUACCAAAAUGACUGCCGAUCUAAUGGAUUUACGGAUGCACCAUCACCUAGCGCUCCAGACGGAGUUCUACCGGAUGCAGAUGCAACGUUUGCCGGAUCCGUAUCCGGCGAUGCUACCAGUUCCACCGCCCCGUCCACUGAUGAUACCGCCGCGCUACAACACCCUGCCGGAUGUGGACAUUAAGCUGCAGAACCGCGAUCUCUGGAGUCAGUUCCACAAGAUCGGUACCGAGAUGAUCAUCACCAAGAGUGGCCGACGUAUGUUUCCCUCGAUGCGCCUAUCGGUGAACGGGUUGGAAGCGGAAGAGAACUACUUCAUCCUGCUGGAGAUGGUCCCGAUCAGUGACUGCCGGUUCAAGUUCAGCGGUUCCCAGUGGGUACCGGCGGGUGGUGCCGAACCGCAGAGCCCGCAGCGCAUCUAUUUCCAUCCCGAUGGGCCAGCACUCGGUUCCCAUUGGACUUCGCAGCCGAUCGUCUUCAACAAGGUGAAGCUCACCAACAACACGCUCGACAGUAAUGGUCAUAUUGUUCUAACCAGUAUGCACAAAUAUCAACCACGCAUUCACGUCAUCAAAGCUUCGGAUGCUACUCAAAUUCCCUGGGCUCCACAGCAAGCUUUUACCUUCCCUGAGACAGAAUUUGUUGCUGUCACUGCUUAUCAGAACGAUCGCAUUACCAAACUGAAGAUUGACAACAACCCAUUUGCGAAAGGUUUCCGAGAGACGGGUCAGUCUCGAUGCAAGCGCAAGGCAGGACUGUUGAUGUCACCGGACUCCGGACUUGGCAACCGCAGCUCGGAGGAAGACGAUGAGUCUGAUGGGCAGGAAACGGGCCCGGAAGCAAAGCGUCCUCGCACUAGUAGCCUUGCUGGUUCUUUGUCCUCCUUGGACGACAGUGAACUCUCCGUCAGUGAUGGAUCGUCCAGCGGGACGAGCUCACCGGUGGUGGUGGAUGAUUUUGGAUCUCCGGUACGUCCUUCACCCUCCUCGAUGGCAGCAAGUGCAUUCUACCAGAACCAUCACCCAGGCAUGGCUAUGCAUGCCGGACUGGUUGCCGCACACCAUCCUCACCAUCUCUCCCAUGCCCAUCCAAUGCUACAGCAACCCGGCGCAGGUUCUUGGAUGGAUCUGAUGUUCCCUUCGUUCGCCCGUUCACAAACAGGCGGAUCGCCCAGCCUCGAACCAAGUGCCCUCGUCCAGGCAGCUCAACAGCUGCAACAGUUUGCGCGCCGUGAGUUCCUACCAAUGCCGGUACCAUCACCGCGUACAUCCAUCAACACCAACAGUGAGGAAGAAAGCUCUAGCAGAAAGCAACAGCUUCCACAGCAUCAGUUACCCUUCAGCAUCUCCGCCAUUCUUGGGCACGAUCGGUAGACGAUCGUGGGUGUGAAUUGUUUGCUCAAAUAACAUCAACCGAGAGGUGAGUGGUUUUCCGCAGGCGCACAAAGUGAGCUGCAAAGCGAAAGCGCAAUGGCUGUAAUCUACGAGAUGAUCCAGACAAACCCAGGAACUCGGGGAAGGCAAACAUCUCCAUCUUCAGCUCCGUUCGUGGCGUGUGUUUGUACUAAGUGACUGAGCAAACGAUGCGUGUGUAUGUGAUUGUUUUGGGGGACGGUUUACCGCGGGCUCACAGAUCGUACAUGGUGGAGGCACACAUGAGAACAUUGUUUGAUAUGCUCGGUGCCGUAAAUCCCCGCUGCUCAGGUGGGUUUACUUACCGGUGUGAGCUGGCAGUGUCGGGUGCGAACAUUUGUUUGAAGGUGUAAAAGCAGAACGAAGCAGAAAGCCACUCAGAACAGGAAAGGCAGAAAGUUAACACGUGUGCAAUUGGUUAGAACGAAAUGGCACCGGUGGAAUGCGAUCAAACAAAUGGCUGCCUGAGCAUGAUGAUGUGUUGGGUUUGGUUGCUUCCUCCGGCUGCCUGUUCGUUCUACAUUACAUAAUACGAUCGAUCCAAAUUUCUUCUCAAAUCUCAAGGAAUAGCAACAGGUUAGGUUUAGAAUGAGACUGUUAAUUAUUUUUAAGGCCAAAUAUCCUCAGACCUCUCAGGGAAUGUCUAACUCCGUCGAAACGGCGUCACAGCUUUCGGUGGAGUUAGAAUCCAUUUUAACAUACACAUAUUGGCCAAAAGGUAGGUGUACGUUUGCUUAAGUUUUGUUAGAAACCUCAUGCUUUAUAGUUGGUUCUAGUGUUUUAUUAUGUUAGACUAGCAAGAUAGGAUAAUUUAUUAACGGCGCUCUAAAGAUGUGAAUCGGCAGAAUAGUUUUAGGAAGGCGCGAACUAAUGUGCGUACUGUGUCACGCCAUUUUAUUUGUUUUGUUUUGUGUGUUUAAGAAAAGUGCAUAGAAAUCCAGUAAAGCUAUAAAUAUAAGUUACUAUCUCAUUAAAAGUUAAGCGAGAAAGCCCACGAGGAUGUGAAGAAGAGAAAUAAAUAGAAAAUAUAAAAUAAUGAA